GGUGGAGCCGCGGGGCCGUUCACACCUCUCCGCCCGGCGCGGAGCAUGAUCCUGCCCGCGGAGGGGCUGAGCGCCGCGCCCCCGCACGGGAGCCCCCCUCGCGCCGCCGCGGCGGGCCAGGGGAAGGCGACGCCCACCAUGAGCUCGUCGGCGCUGCUGGCUGAGGGCCCCCUCGACCCCCCGGUGCUGCUGACCGACAUCAAGACGGAGCCCCCCGAGGAGCUGCUGGCCAGCGACUGCGGCCAGCCUCAGGCCGAGCCCGUCGACCUCUCCCUCAACAAGUCCAAGGCGGCCGUGGCGGUGGCCUCAGCCCCCCAGCCGGCCCCGCCGCCCCCCACCUCGGUCCAGUCCUCCCCACUGCUGGUGGCUCCCCCGCUCCCCGCUCCUGCCACCGUCUCCAUCUCGCCCUCCGGCCUCAGCUCCACCUCGGCCAUCCCGGCCGUCCUCUCGCCCGGCUCCAUCCUGGCCUCCACGCAGGGCAGCGGCGGGCAGCAGAUCCUCCACGUCAUCCACACCAUCCCUUCCGUCAACCUGCCCAGCAAGAUGGGCAACCUGCAGACCAUCCCCGUGGUGGUCCAGUCCCUCCCCGUUGUCUACACCACCAUGCCCACCGACGGUGUCACCGCCAUCACCGUGCCCCUCAUCGGGGGGGACGGCAAGAACGCGGGCUCUGCCUUCCUCUCCCGCCCCCCACCAGUGAAAAUGGACCCGGGCUCCAUGUACCCCAUGGACAUGAACAGUGACAGCGAGGACAGUGCCUCCGAGAGCGGCCCAGCCCCUUUCCAGGACCUCCAGAGAGAGCCGACGGUGCGGGGGCAGCGAGCUGAUUCUGCUGACCUGAAGAAGCGACGCAUCCACCAGUGCAACUUUGAAGGCUGCAAUAAGGUCUACACCAAAAGCUCCCACCUCAAAGCUCACCGGAGGAUACACACAGGUGAGAAGCCCUACAAGUGCACCUGGGCCGGCUGCACCUGGAAGUUCGCCCGCUCGGACGAGCUGACCCGGCACUUCCGCAAGCACACGGGGAUCAAGCCCUUCUGCUGCUCCGCCUGCGACCGCCGCUUCUCCCGCUCCGACCACCUGGCCCUGCACCGCCGCCGGCACAUCAUGAUGUGAGGAGCCCGCCCAGGCCCCUGGGGUGGCUGCCUGCGGAUGGGGGGGUGGAAAACAGGGGCCGCAAACGUUCCCCCCCACCCCCGGCAUCCCGGCUCCCCUGCGGAGGGGCCGCGGGACGGAGGGGCCGAGCCCUGCGAACUGUGGCCGCUCCGAGGGCCCCGCCGCUGCUUCCCGGGCUGCUCCUCCUCCUCUUCCUCCCUGGCUCCCAGUUUCUUGUUGUUUUUCCGGGGCGUUCCUCCCCACUCCCGACGUCCGGAGGUCCCUCCUUGACUCCUCACCCGGGAUUCCACCCCGCAGCAGCCUCCGGACCCGCACAUCUGCCUCCUCAGCCUCUCGCCCAUCUCCUGUUGCUCUCUCCCCCCUCCCAGUCCCUGUGGGCAAAAUCUGGGAGCCACGGCAAGGACAGAGGUGGGGGGGCUCUGCCACCACCCCCCUACAACAGCCGCCGGCCUCUUUCCUCUCCAGAAAGACGCUGUCUCUCCAUCCCCGGCCACUGCGUGUCCCUGUCCCCACGCGCCACCUCUCUCGGAAGAAAAGGAAAAGCAAGGAAGUUGUUGGGGGGGGGCAGGGCUGGGGGAGCAAAGGAAAAACCACCAACCCAACAGCCGCUCGCCUCCGGGACCGCCACCACCCCCCCAAAAAACAACAAAACAACAAAAAAAAAGGGAACCUUUGCGGAACGUGGAACUGUGAUUUUACAUGGGGUGGGACAGGGU